UAGAUGAAGUUCCCAAAAUUUUCCAAAUGUAAAGCAAGUUCAAAAGGAAAAAUUGAGCAUAAGAGUUCACUUGCUAAGGCUUCGAGGAUGGUACGCGUACAUGUGAAGCACGGCGACGGCGGUAGCGACGGAGCCGGAGAGUUUCUCUACGACACUGAAACAACUUCAACAAUUGAUGAAAUCGCCAAAGAAAUUAUCGAAAUUGCGAAUUUUCAAUCGAAGAUUCAAUGCUUCGCCGUCGAAUUGGAGUCUCAUCUCUCUAAGCUUCAAGGCGAUCCUAAAGUUAUGCCUCUGGUUAGAGCUCUCUCUGAAGCUACGUCAUACGCUUCAAAGGAUCAGGUUAUACAUAACAAACCUCUAUCACUUUAUGUACUAAGAGAUCACACAAGAAGCAUUGAGAAGGAAUUUUUGGUAACGUAUUCAGUAAUGGGAUUAUCAAGUUCCGAUUUACAGCAGUUCUUGUCAGACUUGCAAAUCCUUGAAGAAAACACAGUGCAACUUUUAUGGGCAGGAAAAGAGCUCACCAGAGGGAAAAAAUUGUGUGACUUUAUAGGAAGAAAUGAGAAGACAAAGGUACAGUUUUCUUUUUCUCCACUUCACAAGAAUAUAUCAGUACACUUAACACUCUACCGGCUGGUGGCAGAUCGUAAUCAGGCUGCAGUCACCUAUUCCACCUCCUGCAUCACUUUCUGGUGGAGAAAAAUCUUGAAAUAAAAUGAUGUCAUCUGGUCUUUGAAUGACUUUUAAAUCGGGAAACACACUCCUCUUGAAUGACCUUUGCAUUCUUUCCUGUCUGAGCUGCAAAGGUUUGUGACUUAUUGGGAUUCAACUGCCUGCUAGUUGACUGCAUAUUACUGCACAACAACAACAUACCCAGUAUAAUCCCAUAAAGUAGGGUUUGGAGAGGGUAGAAUGUACGCAGACCUUACCCUACUGCAUAUUAAUGUUGAACCAAAACUAUUUAUGUACCCCUUGCAUCUCAACUACAACCAGUAUCCCGAGGAUUCUAAAGCUUAAUACGCUACAAGUCAAACUCGGUGAAUCCACUCACUAAAUCAUCUAUGUAAAUUUGUACCCGAAUGCAUAUUGCUUUUGGAGUUUCUUCUUCCAAAAGGUGUUUUAUUUUGACUAGUCAUGUCUGAUUCCUUAUCUUUA